AUGAUCGAUGGUGCAGAAGUUGACGAUCUUGAGGACGACUUUGGGGACGAUGGCUGGCAAUUUGUCGACCUCCUCGCCGGCGAUGCGGGAGAGAUGGCCGAAGAAGCACUGCGACGCGCUGCUGAGUCCGGCAACGAGCACAAGGCUUAUGAUAACAUAAUCAACAGCAUCAAACUCCUUGGACUCAGCGCAGUCAUCGGUACCUCAAGUUCUGAGCAGCGGUCGAAAGCUGUCUCUGCGAUGGAUAAUGCGGUCAUUGAAACUCUUAAGAGUGGGUCGAAGACGGCACGGCACGUUGCCACCCGUUUCAAGAAGUUUACACAACGUCUGACCGUGGAUCCUGGUAGUCGAUCGAAUCAAGCAGCAAUCCAAAGGAUUACGGAGAUUACGAACUAUCUGUCUGAGCGUGAUGCUUCUUAUGACGACGCUACGCAGGCUCGCGAGCGCCAUGACAGGCAAAAAUUCAGGGAGAGAUUCGAAAUUGAAGAAUAUCCGGAUUCAGUCACCGCAGCGUUGCAUGGAACCUUCUACUCAGAUACUUAUUUACCUUGUACAUGUCAAGAAGACGACAAGGGUCUGUGUCUAUCAAAGCGGUACAUUUGUGCGUUGCGUCUGGACGGCUAUACACGCGUUCCUGGCGACGACAAUCAUUUCUUCUUCGAUUCAGUCAUCGCUAAGACCGAUGAUGACUCCUACGAGUGGACUCCCAUACAGUUUCAACUGCCCAGAAGAACGAGAUCGGUGGUGGUCCAUGUCGGGCGCCCUGCGUCUUCAGCUGACAUCGAGAAUGAUCUGUCAUCGUCUCAGGCUUCUCCAGGCACGUUGGAGGAUUUUUGCAAAAUCUUUACGUGGGGUAUAAGAUGCUUCCGCAUAUGUGUGACCCAGGAUCACAAAAGCAAUCUCAUCUGCUGUAGUAUUGAAAGGUCAUUCCACAACAUCUUCCCACAGAAUGCUAAACCAAUGCGUCUUUCUUCCGCCCUACAACAGGACGAAUUAUCGGCGCGGCAUAAGAUUUUUCUUGCAUUCGCAAUAUCAAAAGCAUUCUGGCAAUACUACGGCUCGGACUGGAUGAAGGUGGAAUGGAACCUCGAAACGAUACAACUUCUCCGAACCAAGAAUGCCGAAUCCGAUGCACCGUACCUCAAUGUCAAGAUUCUGGAAGAAGAGCUGACACAGCAUGACCACAACCCCAAAGGAGCGUCAGGCAAGAUACCUGCGCUGCACCCCUGGCCGUCUAUCCUCAAUCUAGGCUUACUGCUGGUCCAACUAGGUUCAGUCACCUCCGAGAAAACUGACCUCAUUACAAUUCCUGGCCGUUUGACGGAAAUCAAGAAGAACAAUUACAUUUGCAUAUCCUGCUGUAAAGAAAUCUCUGCAGAUGAUUCGUGGCCCACGAUAGAUAUCCCAGGAAGAGAUAGGCUCAGGUACCGCCGCAUUGUGGAAGAGUGCUUCCCAACCCACUCAGCUAUCCCGAAAGCCUUGUUCAAAGAUGGGUUAGAUGCUGAAGGAAGCAGAUUGGCACUCAAGGAAAAUAUCGUUCGGCCUCUGUUUGAGCUACUUCAGGAUAUGAUGGAUCCGGAUGAAACGCCAUUCCUGCCACCGCAUGGGGUACAGGCCGACCCAGUAACUGUACUCCAAGGUGGAAAUGGCCUCCCCAGACUGGUCAACAGCCCAAGUGACAUCGCAGCGGACUGGCUGUUCGGUACGACAAACUCUUGGUUGCAUAGCCAUAUUUCUACCCAGAUCGCAAAAUACCAAAGACCGAAGAUUGCAAUAAUAGAUACCGGGUUUGAUGGCAAUGCGCGCUUCGUAGACCGGAAGUUGAAGUUGCGAUUGAAUCUGCAUUCGACCGCAGGAGGAAAUCAUAAUUGGAGAGAUUUUUGGGAGGCGAAAGCAGAGCCGCAAGAUGACGACGGACACGGCACUGCCAUGCUUUCCAUCGUCCACCGUAUCGCACCAUUUGCAGAUGUCUGCGUAGCCCGCAUCGCAGGGGAAGACAAGGAUCUGAAAACAAACCCAGGAAAGACGAGUAACAAUCUUGCAGAGGCUAUUCUCUGGGCAGUCAAAGAACAAAAAGCGGACAUCGUGUCGCUAUCUCUCGGCUGGGAACAGGAGCAGCGCGUUGACAAAAAUCGUGCCAUCAGUAAUGCCAUUUCCGAAGCACUUGCACAUUGCAAUCAGAAUCUGUUGAUCUUUGCUGCGGCUUCGAACCGCGGCGGCAGCAAGCGUGAGCUCUUCCCAGCCAGCCACGGCUCAGUCUUUUCCAUCCGAGGGACCAAUACUAAGGGGAAGCAUGAAGACUUCAAUCCAUCUCUUCCCAGUCGAGGAGGAGAGGUCUUUGGUGCAUUGGGUCUGGAUGUUCCCACCGAAAACCGAGGAAGAUCGCCUCCCUAUCAGACUAACAGGACAGGAACGUCUGUCGCCACGGCGGUAGCGGCUGGCCUUGCAGCGAUUAUUUUAGGCUAUAUCAACAUUCACGACCACAAGAAAGGCCGCUGGGACAAUGUCAGGAUUCAUCAAGGCUAUCAGAAUCUCUUGUACAAGCUUUCAACUGAACCAGAUGGGAGAAAGCAUUUUAUCACUCUCGACAACCAUUCGAAAGAGUAUGAACAGGCAGACCUGGACGCCGCUUUGAGCAGUGCGUCAAACCUGAAGAAUGAGAAGUAA